GCCGGUGGUGGUGGACGACGUGCGAGUGAGGGGAACCGGCCGCAGCGGCCUUUGCCUCAAGGACACCCCCAAAGCCCAGACUGGGCCCCCCCCGGGUGGACAAGCACCAUCCUGGUGGAGCCUGGCUGCCAGGCAGAGGUGACGGACACCGGGGACAUCCGCAUCUCGGUGGGAGCCGAGGCUGCCAGCACUGUGAGCACCCAGCUGGACCCCAUCCAGCUGUCCAUCUUCUCGCACCGCUUCAUGAGCAUCGCCGAUGGGGCGCAUCCUGCAGCGCACGGCCAUCUCCACCAACAUCAAGGAGCGGCUGGACUUCUCCUGCGCCCUCUUCGGGCCUGACGGCGGGCUGGUCUCCAACGCCCCCCACAUCCCCGUGCACCUGGGGGCCAUGCAGGAGACCGUGCAGUUCCAGAUCCAGCACCUGGGGGCCGACCUCCACCCGGGUGAUGUGCUCCUGAGCAACCACCCCAGAGCGGGGGGCAGCCACCUGCCAGACCUGACCGUCAUCACACCGGUGUUCUGGCCGGGCCAGAUGCAGCCUGUGUUCUACGUGGCUAGCCGGGGGGCACCACGCGGAUAUCGGGGGCAUCACGCCGGGGCUCCAUGCCCCCCCACUCCACCACGCUGCAGCAGGAGGGUGCCGUCUUCCUGUCCUUCAAGCUUGUCCAGGGGGGCGUCUUCCAGGAGGAGGGUGAGUGGGGGAGCUGUGUCUGGCGGCUGUAGGGUCAGCAGGCAGGCACUGUGGCCGCUGCCCUCAGAGGCCAGGCUCUGCAGGUGCUGGGACGCCAUCCACGGCCCCGGAGUGCUCCAGGCGCCCGGGUAGGGGCGGUGACCCCACGGGGUGGGGCGGCAGCCCUGCAGAGUUGAGGCUCUGUUGGGGUCCAGGAAGACAUGUGGGAGGUGGUUUGCGGUGGCGUGA